AUGCUACCCGUACUCGUCGUCCAACACAUCAUUGUUAUCUCUUUCAUUGCUCCCUACGUCUUUGUCACUCUCUAUAUCUUUGCCAUCAUUACGGUCCUCAUUACUGCCCUCCUCUUCAUCAUAGCUGUCGCUGCCUUCAUUUUCAAGAAAUAUCCCAACAUCCAGAAGGCGAACAAGAACAUGGAUCUGCUCCAAGCCUUGCAACGAAACACUGAGAGUAGUAAGACUCAGAACGAGGCUGCUAGCCAGGCUUACUGGCAAGACCGAAAAGACCCAUCACACCCUCGACCAGAUCUCGCGAGGAUCCUUCGUGAGCUGCGUGAACUCAUCACGGGGGUAAGUGCGACCGACGUGGCCCCGGAGAAGAAUCCAAAUAGAAGCACAAAGACCACAACCCCUGGCAUUCCUCCGCCAGAUGACACCACCGGCGCCAUGCAGACCACCACGAUUCCCAUCGCGAGUGAAAGGAUGACGGGUCCAGAGCCAGAACGCGAAGCUAUUGAAUGA